GGCUGGCCGGAGGGAGCGGCCCGUGAAGGGGCCCGAGGCGUGGCGGCAGCGGGAGAAGCGGCGGCCGGGAUGAGCGUGGUCGGGACCCCCGCGGUGGUGUCGGUCUCCAUCAGCAGCAGCCUCAACUCUUUCCGCGCCCUGAAGAGAUAUGCCCGCGGCCUCACCAUCGCCGAGUUCAAGUGCAAGCUGGAACUCGUUGUCGGGAGCCCAGCCUCAUGCAUGGAACUUGAACUCUACACCCCGGAUGAUAAGUUUGUGAUGAAGCUGGACCAGGAUGAGGCCUUGCUGGGAUCCUACCCAGUGGACGAUGGAUUUCGAAUCCAUGUGAUAGACCGAAGUGGAGCAACGAUCGGAGAAUACGAGGACGUCUCGAAGGUGGAGAAGUUCCAGAUUUCGGAUACUGAAUACGAGAAGCGAACAGAUUCGGCUCGCUCGUUCAUGAAGCGCAGCCACCUGGGGCAGUACAAGGAAAUGCCGGGGAAGGAGUCCGAGGCGGAGCAGAAGCUGCUGGAGGAGAAAGCCCUGGCGGAGGCCAUUUCCGUGGGGGCCAGGUGCGAAGUGCGAGUCACGGGGCAGCCCAGCAAACGGGGGACCGUCAUGUACGUGGGCUUAACAGAAUUCAAACCUGGUUACUGGGUUGGGAUCAAGUAUGACGAACCUUUGGGAAAACACGACGGCAGCGUCAGCGGCAAGCGAUAUUUUGAGUGCCAGCCGAAGUACGGAGCCUUUGCGAAACCCCAGUUUGUCACCGUGGGGGACUUCCCAGAAGAGGACUAUGGGCUGGACGAUGAAAUGUGAGGGGAGCAGAGCGGGAGGGAGGAAGUGGAGAGGAUCUGCAGGGCCUCUGCUGGCUGGCAGAAACACCCCCCCCCCCCCUUGGUGGCUGCUGUUUCGGCCACUGCGCUCUGAUCCCGAGUGAGGGUGGGGGGGGCACCUGAGUGAAACGGAAGAACUGUGUGUUUCGAUGUGUUUGUUUGUCCCUUUGCCCUCGUUGCCUCUGUUCAGUGAAGCUGCCGAUGUUUCCAUGCCACACCCCAUAGGUCAGUCACAGGGAACCAGAAGGUCUUUUGAGUAUAAUCACCCUUUUGGGGGGGGGGGGAGAUAACGGUGACAUCUCCCCGAAUUUUCCGUCACAGCGAGUGGAAACGGAAUAACGCAGGAUUCAGAACCGAUGUACAUACAACUCUGGUUUCAAAACAAAAGAAAAUCUAAACCGAAUCAUUUUGAUGGCUGUUUUCUUUCUUUCUUUUCUUAUUUUCAUUGUGGGUCUGUUGUUGUUGCAUUUUGUUUUGUUGUGCUGCUGAAAAAAAUGCUACGUGAUCAUUACGAAUUAAAAGUUUUGGAGGAAGGGGGCUCAGAUACACUCCAGACAA